GCAAACACUCAUAAGCGUAACGGUUGACUCUGGUGUAAGACGCAGCUCUUCCACUGUUCACAUCGCUGCUUCACUGAGAAAUCUAACAAAAUGAAAGCCAUUCUUUUGGCGUUUAUGUUGUCAGCCCACAUUCCACUUUGCGUUGGAAGACAUUUUAAGGCUUUGCACGCGUAUGAUUUUGUACAUAAACCUCGUCUAUCGAUGAGAGAUCACGAAUUGUCGGACAAAGGUUGUGAAGAUCUGCCAAAGUGGAAGGAUGAAUGCCCGACAUGGGCAAAAGACGACAGCUAUUGCAAAUCGAAAUUUAUGCAAAAUUAUUGCAGAGGAAGCUGCAAAGUUUGCGGAAAAAUAGAACCUCCUCCAGCACCUAUCGAACCAAAGCCACCAGCACCUACAGCACCUUUUUGUCAAGAUUAUGACAAAAAUUGUGGGACUUUAAAGAGAGUUGGACUGUGCGAAAUUCCUAACCAAAAGGAAAACAUGGCCAUUUACUGUGGAGUGAGUUGUGAGAUGUGUCAGGCUCCCACCCCAGAGGAAUGUUACGACAAGAAAGAGAACGGUUAUUGUGAAGAUUUGAAGAAAGCCGGGCAUUGUUCUUCCUCCGAUCCUAAAAAAAUCUAUGAAGCGAAAACAAAUUGUUUGGUUAAGUGCGAGUUCUGUGCUCCUGACUCAGAACCUUAGCCUCUGAGCUGCAGUUCAAACUCCGGAUCCGCGGAAAAGAUGGCCGAUUUGACCUUGUUCCAAACACAGUUACCUGCUGCUUUAAGUAACGCAAACAGCUGAAAUGGGCUGUUAAUUAAAUACAACUAAAAGUAAGCUUAUUAUCAGUUAAAGCUAAAUUUUUGCCUGUCAGUACAUUUACAAAGCUGAAACUGCAUUAAAAUGCCCAAAAAAGAAUAA